AUGUCGGUUUUACAGUCCGCCUCUUCUGCCAUUACACCAUUCUUUAACGCACUGGCUUCCCCAGAUGACAUUGCUUCGGGCUCUGGCUCGAAUUCAGCUGGAGGGCCAAAAGCUAUGGUCAAUGAGUCGUGUCUCGAAUUUCUAACCAUGGAAAUGGUUGACCUAAUGUUUCGUUCAACAGCCGACUCUGAGACUGAUAAAGAAGCGGUAUUCUACAAGUUGGAAAUGUUAGGUUAUCACGUUGGCCAAAAUUUAGUAGAAAGAUUCACCCGAGACCGUCAACGUUUUGGGGAUACUUUGGAUGUGGUCAAAUUUGUGUGCAAGGAUCUUUGGUCUAUAAUCUUUAAAAAGCAAAUUGAUAAUCUUAAGACAAAUCACAGGGGAGUUUAUGUUUUACAGGAUAACAAUUUCAGAUGGUUUCUACGAAUGUCAACUGAAGGUGGUGGAAACGAUGCGGCUCGAAAAGCCACACCUUAUCUUUGGUUCCCUUGCGGCUUAAUACGUGGUGCAUUAGCUAAUUUGGGAGUCGUUAGUGUAGUAAUUGCCGAAAGUGCGAGUUUACCCCAAUGCACAUUCCAAAUUAAAAUCGCAAAAUAG